AUGGCUGUUACCGAUCCAACGGAUUAUCCUUUUUAUGUCGAUGAUGAAGGAUGGCCAGAGAAAGUUUAUACUUCACCAUAUCCUCAUGAAUAUUAUUAUGAUAAUGGAAAAACUCCUGAUGAAUAUAAUUCAAUUAGAAAUCAAACAUCACAACAUAGAUCAAAAGUUAACAAUAAUAAUCAUCAUCAAAUAGAUUCAGAUGAAUUACUUCCAAUAGUAAUUCGUCGUCAUACUCCAGGUUCUACUGACUCAAUAUUGCAACAUCCAUCAUCACCAAUUCACUCAUCAACAUCUAAUGGAUUUAUUCCACCUAAACGAAAUUCAUCACAAUUUAAUCAAAAUUAUUCAUCAAAACCAUUAGAUCCUGAUGAACGACCUAUUAAACCAAUGAAAGAUACAUCUGCUUAUUAUAAACCAUCAUCACCAGAAAAAUUUAGGCAAACAACAACCAAACCUUUGUCACAAUCUAAAUUAAUACAACCUUCACCACGAUUUGAAACUAAUUCAUUUCAACCACCAACAUCACGUAUACAAAAUACUAGUACAACACCGCGUCGUCCUAUUCGUGUUGAUAUAAUUCAUAAAACACCAUUGGGUUUUCCAUCAAAACCUAGUCGUACUCAUCAAAUUAUAGUAGAAGAUUAUGUUGAUGAUAAUGAUCAUUUCGUAUCAUAUCCUAAACCUAUUCCAAAAAAAAUUGUUUCAUAUCAAGAAGUAUCAGGUAUGACAACACGUGAAAUGGAAAAUUAUCUUAUGUCAAAAGAUCAACGUGUUGUUCGAGUUCAACCACCACCACCACCAAUAAAAACAAUAAUCUAUCGAACUUAA